UCUGCCUUCAUUUUUCACAAUCAUGGUCCAUUUGUUGAUUCACUUAGUGGAGGAGGUUAAACUUGGUGGACCAGUGCAAUACAGAUGGAUGUAUCCCAUUGAAAGGUUAAUAUCUUACACGUCUAAAUUAUAUUCUUUUUAUUUAAUAUUUCACAUUUAUCAUAUAUUAAGUACAAAUGUUUUAUUUGAAAGGUACUUGUCCCAUUUGAAAUCACAUGUAACCAAUAAAGCCCAACCUGAAGGAUCUAUUGCAGAAGGCUUCCUUUUAGAGGAGACAAUUAGGUUUUGUUCGAGAUAUCUUCAAGGUGUUAAGACCAUUUUCAACAUACCUAAAAGGAUGGAUGAUGACAUUCCAAAUCCCAAUGAUUACUUGUUUAAUUCUGGUGGUCGAGUUAUUGGGAAGGAGGUCAGCAUUCGCCUUGAUGACAAAAGCUUAAAACAAGCUCAUCGCUACAUUUUGCUUCACUCUGAUGAGAUAAAAGGGGAUCUGGAUGAAUUUUUAACCGAGAAACGUCAAAUGAACUUACAAAAUCCUGUCACGGAGAGUGAUGAAAGUAACUGGAUCAUCAAUGAGUUUGGAGGGUGGCUGCAAAAUAAGGUACAUUACAUAGAUGCAACCACCGAAGAUGGGAAACUAAGAAAAGCUUUGGCGGGUGGUUUGCAUUCUUAUGGUAGAAAAUUAAAAGGAUACAUAAUCAAUGGAUACAAAUUCCUUUCCACGGAUCGCGAUUCUCGUCUUUUGACACAAAAUUCUGGAAUUAUGGUCGAAGCGGAUGGAGAUGCCUACUAUGGAAAAGUGAAACAUAUCUAUGAAUUAGAUUAUUACGGAGAUUACAAAGUUGUAUUGUUUCGUUGUGAUUGGGUAGACAUUCAUAGGGGUGUAAAAGCAUAUCCAAAUGGCGGAGUAUGUGUCAAUUUCUCUAAAUUGAUGCAUUCUGGACGAUUGUUGCAAGAUGAUCCAUUUGUAUUCUCAUCUCAAGCAAAACAAGUUUUUUACAUAGAAGAUGAGAUACAAAAGGGAUGGUUGCAUGUUGUUAAGAACAAGCCUAGAGAUGUGUUUGAUUUAGGGGAUUCUUUACCAGUAGAGGAAGAGGGUGGGACCAAUUGAUCAUGCUUAUUUUUUAUUGUUUUGCUUUGGAUUUGUAUUUGUUCAUGACAUUGUGAGUCAUAUUGUUUAAUCUGGUUGAAUAAUGAGUUAUAUACUUAAUCUAUACUCACUUAUUUUAUUGUCUACUAAUGUCCAAGUACCCUACUACUAGUUUCUUUGAUGGUGAUACAGAUAUUUUUAUACCGUUAUUCCGUGAAAAGGGGGCAAUUUAUCUUUAUUUUUUGUGAUUUCCCCCUUUUGUAUUUGAUUUGGUUCAUUGUUGUUGCAGUGUUGUUGUUGCUUUUCUUCCCUUUUUUGUUGCGCCUGUGGUACACAAGAAAAUGUGUGUCAGGGGUGGG